AUGAAAGGUUUUACGAUUGUUCUACUUGCCCUCGUAGCAAUGGCCACCGCUCAAGUACAAGUUGUUGACAACAAUCCUUCCCACGUUCAAGUUGUUGACAACAAUCCCUCCCACGUACAAGUUGUUGACAACAAUCCCUCCCACGUACAAGUUGUUGACAACAAUCCCUCCCACGUUCAAGUCGUGGAUUAUAAUCCAAGCCAUGUGCACGUAGUCCGUCGCAACCCACACGUGGGACCAAACGGCAACCACGGUUAUGAACCUAUCAACACCGAGCCGCUCAUUAUCGACCAGCCCAACAACAACGGCGGCUACGAACCCAUCAACACCGAGCCGCUCAUUAUCGACCAGCCCAACAACAACGGCGGCUACGAACCCAUCAAUACCGAGCCCCUCAUCAUCGACCAUCCCAACCAGAACAACGGCGGUUAUGAACCCAUCGACACCGAGCCACACAUCAUCGACCAUCCCACCCAGGACUACCGCAACAAGCACUUCCCUCCCGGUGCUCGUGACUCUAAAUUCCAGUAC